UCCUCCGGUCCCCUGCCUCCCUCGCUGUGCCCUGACCCGGUAGUGCACUGCAGACCGAGUUGCGAGCCACGGAGACGCCGUAGGGCGACACCAGCUUCCGGCACUCGUCCAGACGACUGCGACUCUUCUCAGACGCCCACGGGCACGAGAAAUCAAGAUACAGUGGCACCUGCUGAUCUGUUAGUCUAUCAAGUCACCGAGUGACUACUAUUCUAUUUAAAAUGGGUGUAAAGAAGAAGAAAGGAACACAACUUACUGCGUUGACCAUUUGUCAUCAGGACGUUGAAACUUUGAGAUUGUCUGCUGAUGUGGAAGGGAAAAAUCUAGCUUCUUUGCUCUUACGUUGUGUACAACUCACGGAUGGAGUGUCACAAAUCCAGUGUGUUAAACAGAUUGUGCCUUUACUGGAGAAAGUAAAUAAAAAUGGCCUGUGUGAUCCCACUAUUGAAAGUUCUUUGGAUAUUAUAGCGAGCAUUUAUCUUUCUUUGAGUCUAAAGAAUCCCUUGAAGAAAGUAUUGGCAAGCUCACUGAAUGAACUACCUGAAUUUUAUCUAAGCAAGGCUAUACACAGUUUUACUACUCGUCUUCAGGAAGAAUUGAAUACUACUGAUUUAUACUCUUAUAGGAAAGUAAUUGACAAUAUAUCUUCCUGUGUGGAGAACUUUAAGUUGGGUAGAGCAAGUAUUAAUAAUCUGCUUAAAAAUGUGCUUCAUUUUCUGCAGAAGAGUUUAAUUGAAAUCCUGGAAGAAAACAGAAAAUUUGCUGGAAAUCAUAUUGUUCAAACACGGUUGAUGAAUGACUUGUUAGUAGGCAUAAGAGUUUCAAUGGUGUUAGUACAGAAAGUACAAGGUUUCCAGGGAAAUCUUUGGAAGUCUUCCAGUUCUCCCAUAUGGCAAAGUAUGUGUGGAUUGCUGAGUAUCUUCACAAAGUUUUUAAGUGAUGAUGAUCUAUUACAGACUAUUCAUAGUACAUCUGGAUUAGCUAUUAUUCUUUUUAUUAAGACUAUGUUUCACCCAUCUGAAAAGAUUCCUGAUUUGGUGAGCAGUUUGCUUCUUCGUUCAGUGGACUGCACCAGCGUUCCUGAGUGGUUUUUAAGCAGCUGCAGAAGCCUUUGUUGUGCUGACAUCUCUGGGUCAGCUCUCUUAUUCCUGUGUCAGGGAACUCUUGCCAUGUUGGACUGGCAGGAUGGGAGCCUGGGUCUGAGUGGGGAGGCCCUGCUCUUGGAUACUGUACAUGUUUUGUUCAUCUUGAAUUCAGAGAUUAAGGAGUCAACGCUGGAAUUGUUUCUGUCUAGAAUCUUGGCAUCUUGGACUAAUUCAGCCAUACAUGUCCUUAAAUCAAGUUCCCCAAGCCUAAAGGACAAUCUGAAUGGGAAUUCAAGCAUAGUUGGGAGACUUUUGGAAUAUGUCUAUACCCACUGGGAACAUCCACUGGAUGCUCUGAGACACCAAACCAAAAUCAUAUUCAAAAAUCUUCUACAAAUGCACCAGCUCACUAUGGAAAGGGCAGAGUUGGUCACUGAUCCUUUCUUUUUGGAAUUGACUGAGAGUCUUCUGCAGUUGGAGUGGCAUAUUAAAGGAAAGUACGCAUGCCUUAGUUGUUUGGUAGAGUGCAUAGGAAUUGAACGUAUUUUGGCAGUAGAUAAAACUAUUCCAUCUCAAAUCUUAGAGGUGAUGGGGGACCAGUCAUUGGUACCUUAUGCAAGUGACCUCUUGGAAACCAUGUUUAAAAAUCAUAAAAGUCAUUUGAAAUCUCGGACUGUUGGCGGUAUUUGGAUUGACCAGUGGCAUGAGACUUGGGUUUCUCCUCUUCUUCUUAUACUGUGUGAAGGAAACCUGGAUCAGAAAUCUUAUGUCAUUGAUUAUUACUUGCCAAAAUUAUUGAAUUACAGCCCUGAAAGCUUAAGGUACAUGGUAAAGAUUCUUCAGACUUCUAUUGAUGCUAAAACUGGGUAUUGUAAUAGCAGGGGGGCCCUGGGAGCUUUGAUGGCAUGUCUGCGAAUAGCUAGAGCUCAUGGACAUCUUCAGUCUGCAACUGAUACCUGGGAGAACCUUGUCUCUAGUGCAAGAAUAAAGCAAGGCUUAAUUCAUCAGCACUGCCAAGUACGGUUAGAUACAUUAGGUUUGCUUUGUGAAAGUAAUCGAAGCACAGAAAUCGUUACCACAGAAGAAAUGCAGUGGAUUCAGUUUUUCAUCACAUACAACCUUAACAGCCAGUCUCCAGGAGUACGGCAGCAGAUUUGUUCUCUUCUUAAGAAGUUGUUUUGUAGGAUACAGGAAAGUUCUCAGGUACUUUAUAAAUUGGAGCAAAGCAAAUCCAAACAUGAACCAAAGAAUGAGUUAACCAAACAGUACCCUUCUGUUUCUUUACAGCAAUAUAAGAAUUUUAUGACAUCCAUUUGCAAUAGUCUUUUUGAAGUAUUGUUUCCGGGAUCUUCCUACUCAACAAGAUUUUCAGCGUUAACUAUUUUAGUCUCCAUAGCUGAAGUUUUUCCGGUCUUAGAAGGUAGUGUUUAUACAGUGUAUCAGCUGAGUCAUGAUAUUGAUGUUGGCCGUUUCCAAACACUAAUGGAAUGUUUUACUAGCACUUUUGAAGAAGUGAAAAUUUUAGCAUUUGAUCUUCUGAUGAAGUUGUCAAAAACUGCUGUACAAUUUCAGGAUUCAGAAAAACUGCAGAGCUUAUUCCAGGCAGCACUGGAGCUUAGCACAAGCACCAAACCACACGACUGUGUAACAGCUUCCUACCUGCUGAACUUCUUAAUCUGGCAGGAUGCUCUGCCGUCAUCCCUCUCUGCCCACUUAAUUCAACAAGUUGCAUGUGGUCAUGGAGAUAAAUCUGCUGCUGUGGUGGAGACAAACACAUUAAUGGUUAUCAAAUGCUUGAUGGAAAAUCUUGAGGAAGAAGUAUCUCAGGCUGAAAAUUCUCUACUUCAGGCAGCAGCAUCAUUUCCAAUGUAUGGGCGGGUCCACUGUAUAACAGGAGCUUUGCAGAAGUUAUCUCUGAACAGCCUGCAGUUGGUGAGUGAGUGGAGACCUGUGGUGGAGAAGCUCCUUUUGAUGUCCUACAGACUUUCUGCUGUGGUAUCUCCAGUCAUUCAGAGUUCAUCCCCUGAAGGCCUCAUCCCAAUGGACACUGAUUCAGAGUCAGCAAGCCGUUUACAGAUGAUCCUGAAUGAGAUUCAGCCACGAGAUACUAACGAUUACUUCAGCCAAGCCAAAAUAUUGAAAGAAUGUGAUAGCUUUGAUUUGAAGGACUUGAAUUUCACUGUGUCGAAAAUUGAUACUUCUGCAGAAAUCAAAGGUAAAGAAGGAAAAACAUGUGAUGUAACUGCUCAGAUGGUGCUGGUAUGUUGUUGGAGAAGUAUGAAGGAAGUUGCUUUACUUUUAGGCACACUGUGCCAGCUUCUACCCAUGAAGUCUGUGCCAGAAUCUUCUGAUGGAUUAUUAACAGUGGAGCAGGUAAAAGAAAUAGGAGAUUACUUUAAACAACACCUUUUACAGUCCAGGCACAGAGGAGCAUUUGAACUGGCUUAUACUGGUUUUGUGAAACUCACUGAAAUACUAAACAGGUGCCCCAAUGUGAGUCUACAAAAACUGCCAGAACAGUGGUUAUGGAAUGUUUUAGAAGAAAUUAAAUGCAGUGAUCCUUCAUCCAAACUCUGUGCUACAAGGCGCAGUGCUGGAAUUCCUUUCUACAUACAGGCACUGUUGGCAUCUGAACCAAAGAAAGGCAAAAUGGAUUUGUUGAAAAUAACUAUGAAAGAGUUAAUCUCUUUGGCUGGGCCUAUAGAUGACUCACAGAGCACAGUCCCUCAGGUUCAUGCUUUAAAUAUCCUUAGAGCAUUAUUCAGGGAUACACGUCUGGGAGAAAAUGUUAUUCCUUAUGUUGCUGAUGGAGCUAAGGCUGCAAUUCUGGGUUUUACAUCACCGGUCUGGGCAGUGAGAAAUUCAUCCACACUUCUCUUUAGUACCUUAAUCACAAGAAUUUUUGGAGUAAAAAAGGGAAAGGAUGAACUUUCCAAAACAAAUAGAAUGACAGGAAGAGAGUUUUUCUCUCGUUUUCCAGAACUCUAUCCUUUUCUUCUCAAACAGUUGGAAGCUGUAGCCAAUACAGUGGACAGUGAUAUGGGAGAACUGAAUCGUCAUCCAAGCAUGUUUCUCUUGCUUUUGGUAUUGGAGAGACUCUACCCUUCCCCAAUGGAUGGCACUACUUCUACUCUCAGCAUGGCACCUUUUGUUCCUUUCAUUAUGAGAUGUGGUCGCUCACCUGUCUACCGCUCCCGUGAAAUGGCAGCUCGUGCCUUGGUCUCAUUUGUUAUGGUAGACCACAUUCCUAAAACCAUCCAAGGUCUGUUGGCUACACUUCCCAACUGCACUGACCAGUGUUUCCGGCAAAACCAUAUUCAUGGGACACUUCUCCAGGUUUUCCAUUUGUUACAAGCUUACUCAGACUCCAGACACAGAACGAAUUCAGACUUUCAGCACGAGCUGACUGACAUCACUGUUUGUACCAAAGCCAAACUCUGGCUGGCUAAGAGGCAAAAUCCAUGUUUGGUGACCAGAGCUGUAUAUAUUGAUAUUCUCUUCCUGUUGACUUGCUGCCCCAACAAAGCCACAAAGGACAACCAGCCAGUUCUGGAGAGUCCUGGCUUCUGGGAGGAAGUCAGAGGGAUUAUCUCAGGAUCAGAGCUGAUAACAGGAUUCCCCUGUACCUUCAAGAUGCCAGGUCUGCCUCAGUACCUCCAGAGCCUCACCAGACUAGCCAUCGCUGCAGUGUCAGCAGUGGUGGCCAAGAGUGGGGAGCAGACAAGGAAUGUUCCCAUCUCCUUCUCUCAGCUGCUAGAGUCUGCGUUCCCUGAAGUGCGCUCACUGACACUCGAAGCCCUGUUGGACAGGUUCUCAUUAGCAGCCUCUGGAUUAGAAGAGAAGGGACUUCCAGCCUUGCUGUGCAACAUGGGAGAGAAGUUCUUGCUUUUGGCAAUGAAGGAAACUCACUCAGAAUGCUUCUGCAAGAUACUGAAAAUUCUUUAUCACAUGGACCCCAGCGAGUGGCUUCCCCAGACAGAGCGCUGUAUCCAUCUAACCCCAAAGGAGUUCUUGAUUUGGACGAUGGAUAUUGCUUCUAAUGAAAGAUCUGAAAUUCAGAACGUAGCUUUGAGGCUUGCCUCCAAAGUGAUUGCCCAUCACAUGCAGACACGUGCAGAGAACAGGGAUUCAAUAGCCCCCGAGCUGAAGCGGUGGGUUCAGCUGAUCGUCUUGUCCUGUGGAGACCAUCUCCCCACAGGGUCUAGGCUGGCUGCUGCUGAGGUCCUCACCAGCAUGACACCAUUUUUCCUCACCAACCCCCAUCCUGUUCUUGAGUUGCAGGAUACGCUUGCUCUCUGGAGGUGUGUCCUUACCCUCUUGCAGAGUGAGGAGCAAGCCGUCAGAGAUGCAGCCACGGAAACGGUGACGAUGGCCAUGUCACAAGAAAACACCUGCCAAGCCACAGAAUUCGCCUUCUGCCAGGUGGAUGCUUCCAUCGCUCUGCCUCUGGCCCUGGCCAUCGUGUGUGACCUGCUCCAGCAGUGGGACCAGCUGGCCCCUGGACUGCCCAUCCUGCUGGGAUGGCUGUUGGGAGAGGAUGACAACCUUGUGUCCUGUGUGGAGAGCAUGCAGCAGGUGGAAGGAGACUACCUGUUUGAAAAAGAAGAAGUCAACUUUUGGGCUGAGACCCUGAUUUUUGUGAAGUACCUCCACAAACACCUCUUCCAUCUCCUCUCCAAGUCUGGCUGGCAUCCCUCUAGCUCUGAGAGGCUCUGUCACCUUCAAAAAACAGCAUCAGAGCAGUGCCACCUCCUUUCUCAGCUCUUUAAAGAGCUUCCACCAGCUGCUGAGUUUUUGAAGACAGUGGAGUUCACAAGGCUGCGCAUUCAGGAGGAAAGGACUUUGGCUUGCUUGAGGCUGCUGGCCUCUCUGGAAGGAAAGGAAAUGGACACCCCAGUUCUCAGUUCUUUGGACUCUCCUGCAGAAGUGAAGCCGUUAACUCUUCCACAAACAGAAAUGGCAUGUUGAAGAAAGAAAUAUGGGGGGAUUGGGGGUGUGUGUGGAUUAUUCCUCCACUCAAUCUACAGGCAACACAUUGAACAUAAAUUCACAAAUGUUGUCCCUUUCAUGCCUGCACCACUUCUGUGCGUCUGAUCUUCUGGCGCUGCUUACAGAGGAACUUUUCUUCUGCUCACUCAUUCGAGGCAGCCUAGUUUAUUGCUGCUACUGUAGGAAUUGAGGUGACCCUGUUGGAGAUUUACUCUGUCCCCAGGUGCAGGCCACCUGCAGGCCUAAAUUAGCCUUUUUCAUCCCCCAGGGGCUCUGAUGUCCCACCCUACAUUCUCUGUGAAGGGACAGAGAACUUUUAGCACACACAUGAUUCCUCCCCCCUUUUUUUAGCUGUAUAUAGGGACUGGAUUAGUGGGCAAACAGCCCAUUUGGUAAGACUUCUAAAUUUUAUUCCAUUCUAGUAAAGCAGAAAUUAGGUUCCAAAUAUUGGAUCCUGGGAGAAGGAUCAACCUUAUACAAACAAUUUAGUUUUUAUUGUCUGUAUGUGUAAGUCCUGCAGUGGCCUUCACAUUCCAUCCUAAUUAUUAAAAGAGCCAUUGAGAGCUCCCCUUAUCCCUCCAAAAAGUGUGUGUGCUAAUGCUAGGAAACCUGAUUUGUCCUCUCGCUAGGAAACCCAGUGAAAGCUAUGUGUACUCUUGGCUAUUAGGAGGAACCUGGGGAAAGGAAAGCCGAAUAAAUGAUUUAUUUGAUGCCUA